AUGACAUCAACGGUAGAUGAAGCAGAAGUACCAUUGCCAUUGAUCAAACCAAGAAGCCUCAAGCAUAAGCUUAGAUCUGGGAAUCCUGAAGCAGAAGUACGAAAUGGUUAUAUCCUAUUGAUAUCUACUUGGUUUAUCUUUAUUGUAUCUACUGGUUCAUUGUUUGAACUAUGGAGUAUACCAAACCCCCAAAACAGUGACUUCCCAAUCUCAAACUAUUACACGCAUGCAAUAUUAUUGAUACCUGUUGCUGCUUGGCUUUGGUGUGUUAUAUCUUGGACAGGUUUAAAAUUAUUUAAACAUGCAAAAGGUGGAGCAAUAGAAUCGUGA